AUGAGCCAGCUGGUUGACCCCAUUAUUAAGCUCCCCACCGAAUUGCCGAAAGUGCGAAGCGAUGAGUUGCCAGAGCCGAUGAGUUACCGACAGCCUUUCUCGGACAAUAGAGGGGCUUUCACGAUGCAAAUAUACAGCACACUGGGGACCGAUGGAGAGGACUGGCAUUUUAAUACUAAUAGACAAGAAAAAAGAAAGGAGGGGCCGCCAAGGAGGGAAUCCCGUGAUCCGCAGCUUUGCUUGUUUGCUGCUGCUGCUUCUUCUUCUUCUUCUUCUUCUUCUUCUUCUUCUUCUUCUUCUUCUCUCUGUCUCUCUCUCUCUAGAUAA